GACCGACCAGCCAGCCCAGCAGCAACAGCGGCAGCAGCCGUGGAAGCAGCACGCAGCCGCGCGCCUAUGGGACACUGGAGGCUUCAUCUGGACACAGGGAGCCACGCUCAAGGGCCACACAGCGGUUUAUGAGACGUUCAUUUUUUUGUUGGUGUUACUAUUUUUAAUCGUGGUUGGAAAGAACUUUUUUGAAUCUCAUUUUCAUUGAAAAACUUUCACUUAUGAUUCGCGAAUAUGAGGUCAAGUUGUUUCUCUCGUGGAAACAUCGCUUUGAUGGUGGUGGUGCUGCUGCUGGCGAAAGGUAAGCUUCAUCAUCAGCGUUUUAUCCAGGCUGAAGGAGUUCAGUUUGAACAGUUCCACGUUAGUGUGCUGCCGGAUAAAUAUGAUUUAAUAGUCAAAUUCCACCCCGGGGUUCAAUUAAACAUUUCUGAUUCUGCUUUGCGGGUCGAAAUUAAAAACAAUUAAUUCAUCAAUCAAUCAGUAAUAAUUGAUUUUCAUUAUAAGGUGUCUUAUCAUAACAGAAGUUAUCUCGGAGAUCAACAGGGACUGUCUGCCCCACGACCGCAGCGAGACCAGUUUUUCAGAUGGCGGUCCCCCGAUUGCUCAAGGAUGGUUUUAUUUCCAUGGCUGACAACCUGACUGAUAUUCCCUCAGUUAUUAUUUAAUAUGCAAGGGGUUUUUUUGCACAUGGUCGACCAUUAGCUGUUUAGAAGUUGUUUUUGACUUUUCUUUGUCUCUGCCCAGUUUGGGACGCUGUUAAUCAGACAUCAGCUAUUGAAAGCAUCUUCAGCAGUCAUCACAGUCGAGGUUAAGGUCUUUUUGUUAUUUAUUUUUUUUUAUAGGAGGUUCACAGGUCACACUAAGUAAAACUUACUUCAGUCAUGACUUACUACAGAGAGGAAAAAUAGAGGGCAAGAGGAAAAAAGGAAGAAUUUUUGGGCUUCAACAGAUCCAGUUGAUGUAAGGUCCAAAUGGGAGCUCAGAAACACAAGAAAAGCUUCAGUGCGUAAAUUCAGGUGGUCUUGAUUCUGGGUGUUUCAGCCUCUGAAGGCUGAGUGGGUCUGGAGCAUAUUCAGUGAGGCCAUGAUAGUCAGCACUCUUGUUUUGCAGAGAGUGAUACUUGUUGGGGCUCAGACUGUUAUGUGUGGUAUGGCACAUUGAAACCUUGAGUCAAAUGAAUACAGCCAUAUAUCAUAAUAUCAUAAUCCCAUUCACAAUCCCACAGCCCAACUGUACCAACACUGUCCUCCCAUGCCAGCUAUAUUUAAACCGUCUCUCAGCGUUUUGGAUUGUGACUAUAUUGAAAUGCAUCAGAUAGGAGGCCCCUGAAUUUGUUGUCAGAGACUGCUUAAUGUCAGAGCUAACGUCGCAGAUAAAGAAGUUGAAUUACAGUAAGGUCACAGUCCUGAUGGAUUCAGAUGUCAAAGGGCUGUUUGAGCUUUUCCUGCUUGUAAAAGUGGAUUUGAAAACUAAGGGCCUGCACGACUGCUCGGGGAAGCAGUUUAUAGACAUGUAUUCAAAAUUAUUAACACAACUAUUGUGUUGCCUGUUGUGUCACACUGUGUAGUUAUUUUUCAAUGUGUCCUUUUUGGUGUAGAAGAGCUGUAUAUUUUCAGAUCACACAUGCAGUAAUGAUAGAGCUCCUAUCACAUACCUUCUUAUUCUUAGUUUUGCAUGUAUUUUUACUUUGUCCUUCUUGUUGACCACAGUUGGUUUAGUUUGAAGGACAAGAUGGUAAUUCAUCUACACACCCUGUAUUACAGUGGCACCCUUCACCUGCGUGGGUGAUAUAACAAAAGACCUACGCUUGUUUGGAGAGGUGAGGAGGCAGGCUGCAGGCAGGUGUGCAGCAGCUGCUGCUCCAGUCUCUAGGCAAACAUUAGCUGCUUGUUUUGUUUAAGGAAAUAUCACCUGUUAUAUGACUGAACACACUCACACCGUUCAGAUUGAAGGUUUGACAUUAACUGCCCGCAACACAACACAUCGGAUUCAUUAUACUUUAGAGUGCAUGCUCUUGCUUAUGAUGUGCUUUUUUAUAACCACACAUGAAGCACAUCUCAGUUCACUACAGUGUAUUUUCCAUUGCCAGCAUCAUGAGCUGUUUGUGAGAGGAGCAGUUUUUAAAGAUUUUUUUAUGCCACAAAGAUGCAAAUAGAGGGUGAACACACACAGCUGUUUGUUGGUUUAUAAUGAGUAUGGUUAGUGGGAUCUCAUUCCUGGCUGAAGGUUAACAAUGUAUUCACUCUUUUUAACCUUUUGGGACUACUCUUGAAAGAAGCUUUGAUUAAAAGUGACCAAAUGCUCCCUGCAGACUCCCCCUUAAAGAGAGGCACAGAUGUGGAUGUAAAAGCAUGGAUCUGCUCAUAUUCUACUGUGACCCUGUUACUUUAGCCUUUACAGUGACCUUUAAACUUGAGCCAGUCUCCUACAGCCCCCAAAGACUGCAUGUUUGUGGUGCCUUCAACUGAUUUUCUAUCUCAUUGCUUAAGAUCACUCAUUUUCACCUUUUGCUCCUGUUGAGGGCAGGACCAAUAAACUUCCUGUGUAUUAACAACUUUCAUUUGAUACAGCUCCUGAGUAAAUGAGAAGAUGCAGUAACAUUUUGUGUUGAGCAGACAGCAUUAUCAAUCUUUUCCACUCUUGCUGUCACAGCCUGUCUUAAGUAUAACUGGUAAACAUCAUUAUAAACUGGUUUUGCUGUUAGGUUUGUCUUCACUUGGCCAUGAACUGCAUUGUUCCUGCGUUAUAGGGAAAGUGAAAGAAUCAGAUCACUGGUCCACACUGGUCUAUGUGGCUGGCAUAGAGUUGUGUUUAACAUUGUUCCUUUUAUUAUAAAGAAGAUUUUGGCAGAUGGAGGGACACCACCUCCAUCAUUUUGACUGCCAUUACUGAGGGCCAAGCCUUUAACUCGGGUUGUUUCAUUUGGAGCUGCUGGCGUUGCAUGGAAGCUGCUCUUACCUGUCAAAGCUCACUGCCUGAUCCUCUAGUCAGUUCAGGGUCACAUUUCCCUCCAGUGCACGGAUAGAAUCUAAUUUGCUGUAGCGAAAGGACAAAGAGACAUUGAUUGAAAUUUUGCCCUAAGGGCAUUUAGUCCUCUUGUUUCACAUGGGUCUUGACAAGUUAUUUUCCAGUCGCCUGGCAAUGCACGCUGUGUUUGACCCCUUAUCUGAAACAAUGAGCAAAACAACAAGAACAGUUUGUUUAUUUCCACAUGGUUUGUUGGACCUGUGGAUAUAGAUAUCAGUCAAUGUAGCAUUUAGCUAACUUCAUCAGUGUAAUGCCGUAUGUUUCAAAGGAGUGUAAAAUUUUUAUAAAGCUAUACAGUUUGGGAUCAGAUUGGCAAAAGUCUCUCAAAUACUCAUGCAAACCUUUUGCCCAGCCAAUAAUAAUAUUUGUGUUGGUUUCAUCUGAGUUCCCCUUGUUGUGUGAUGAACUUCAGUGAGGUGGACAGAUGUGAUGGAAAUGGUUUUCCUUCAGCCUAUAAGUUCUCUUUGAAAACGUCAGAAACUGAGAGCUUCAAAUGUGCUGCAUGAUCAGUAUUUGAUCACUUUUAAGUGUGACCUGAUGUGGUACGUGGCUCACACUGAUCAAGAGUCAGAAUCUAAUCAUAUCAAUCAAGUGAACUGCAUUUAUUGAGUUAUUUCCUCUCAGAUGCAGCAGUUCAAAGUGUGUAAUCUUUAUCUCGUGUUCCCUUUAACAUCAGCUGUACUUUUUUUUUCUGGCUAACAUUAGCCUGCUGAACCAUAAGGGUCAAAAAAUGUAAAUAUCACAUUGUAAGCAUUUUUGAGCGUUUUACACAAUGAGAGUGCCAUCGCAAAACCUGCUCUUCAUGUUUCAGAAGGUCUAAAGUUAGUGUUUUACAGGCUUUGGUUUGGCUGGUUUUGAUCAGGUUAAUGGUAUCAUGAGACAUUACAAAGAUAGAUUUUAUUUGAAAAGUGGACAAACCACAUUCAGUCAGCUAGUUGGUAGAAGGUUUCAUGAAACCUGGCAGCUCAAGUCUGGACCACCGUACUCUGUUUGUGGCAUCUCUCUGAUGGGUACAGGGGUGUUUUAACAGUGUGGUUUAAUCACCGGCCCAUCAAAGUUCAUCUGGAGCGCUUUGGUGUACCACAUGUUCAAUUCUGAUGCCACAUGAAUCCUCAGACAGUGUUCUAAGAUUCAGUUAAUCCCCGAAGGGACAUUGUAUUAGAUUUCUUAUUGACCAGUGAGCAUUGUUGGUAGGAUCUCAGCUCCUCUGUUCUGGGGGCUAAUUGGAUUACAUUAUGGGCUUAUUGAUUAUGAUGUUAUUUGCUUUACGGCACACCACAGGGAGCUAAACUUAUAUCUCAAAUCCGGUCUGAUGCUGUAUCACGUUGUGUAUAGAUGUGAAGAAAUUGGAUCAAAAGGUGAACCAAGAGGCUGGUGUUCGAAUGAUGACUGUCAUAAUCCGUGCUCAGGUUUUGUUCAAUUCAAUCACUAAAAAGCACCAAUCUUAUCACUCUAACAUUAAUCGAAGCAGACUGAUUGUAAGAGAUUUCAGAGUGCAGUAACAUUUAUUCACAAUUAAGACCUUCAGUUGUUGGAUUAUUUGUAAUCAUUAAUGGAUUAAAUGUGUGUAUAAUAGAUGUUGAAACAAAGUAAGGGUUUAUCAUGAGCAUCAGAGAUGAUUAAACACAUACAGCCAUCAGCCUGUAUGUGUCCAGUCAAAGAAUCAGCAUCACCCAUGAUUAGUCCUGUCAUUGAUCAGCUUGAUUCAUGGCCAAAAUGAUGCAGCUCCAGUUGACCUUGAGAGAGAAAGGACACAGGGCUGAGCUAAUACCAUAAGUGCUCCAGUCUAGCAACAGAUUUGUGAGUACAAGUAUUCCUCAUGUGCUGUGUGGCUGACACUCAGCUGGGAUAUCUGGAUGAGACCAUUGGUUUUAUUUCAUGGAGAUCUGCUAACGAGAUCCAAAGCUGUGCGUUUGCUUUGGGUUAGGGUAGCACAUGAGCUCAUAGCUGGUAAAUCGAUCAGCCAAGGCACACAUUGAGCUAAUUGAGUUCCUGUCUUUGUCUGGGACAACAGAAAGGGCACCCCACCCUGUCGGCUCUGACCAGUCCUAGACUCACAGAGGCUGACUGAGCACAUGGUUUCAGGUUCUGGGAUGAGCGUCAGUCGAUUUUAACACUCAAGAAUUAAACCUAAUGCAGUUUGUGAGGACUGGUCAGAGCCGACAGGGUGGGUUGCCCUUUCUGUUGUCCCAGACAAAGACUGGAACUCAAUUAGCUCAAUGUGUGCCUUGGCUGAUCGAUUAACCAGCUAUGAGUUCAAGGUAACUUUUUUUUUUCAGUAAACCAAAACAAUCCAACUUAAUACUAUUAAGUAAGAAAAAUAAUGUAAGAAAAAUAUACAUAGAACUGUAAAGACAUGGUACAUAAGUAAGUGUAUGUGCAAAACUUACACACACAAAGUCACUGAUCAAUAAUUCAACUGUAAUUGAAUUGUAGUCAAGUCAAACCUGCAUAGAUACAGUUAUUAUGGAAUUUACACUAACACACAUCAUGAUACCUUAACACUAGAAAUUAACCAAAAAUGGAACCAAUUCAAGGGUGGAUCCACAGUUUUAAGAGGACAUAAAUCUAUGUUCUCAAUAAACGGCUGCCAAAUAUCCACAAAAAGGUCCCAGUGUUUCUUCAAGAUGUGUGAUUUUCUCUGAUGACCCACAGAUUGACAUCUAAGAUCUAAUAGAUAGAGAAAGAGGCGAAAUCUGGUUACUUUUAUAUGUUACUUUAACGUAACUUUAGAUUUGCUGUGCUCCAAAAAAAGAUUUGUGGAUCUAAUGAGAUGUUAGUCAAAGCUUCACCCAGAUCGGGGCAUGAAGCUGUCGUUUCAGUUCAGUUCCUCGUGGAAUGGAGCAUUGUCCUCAAUAAUCCCACUCCUGAAACACAUGUUUGAAGUUUGGGGAGUUAAUUGGUGUAAUUUCUGAGGGUUGAAGUGAAGCUGGUAAAGAAGGUGGUUUUUGAUAGGUCUAAAGCUGGCAUUAACAGUGAUGAAAAUACUGUGUAACUCCAGCUUUUGGAGAAAAUGGAGUAAAAGUGAUGGUUAAACAUCAGUUUGGGGAAUUAAAAUUCUGUAAGUGUUAAGUUAAUCAUGGUGAAGUUUACACACUGAGAAACUGGAGCUUCAAAAUCUGUUUUUUAUGUUGUGUGUCUUGUAUGUUCAAAGACAUAAAAUUCUUAUCAGUGCAAACAAUAAUAAUAGAUGCCUGCUGUACAUCUUUGUACCUCAUAUCUACGUGUGAGAGCGAUAUGUGACUAGUGUUUGAAUUUCCAUCAUACUUGCACAUCCUGUGUGCCAGGCAAAGAAGGUGACUCAUGCUUUGGCCCAUCGUGGCUUCACAGAUGCCAUGUGCUGUGUAAAAAAGCCUUCUUAGUCUAUUAACUUAAUUGGUUUUGAUAUUUCUGUUUGCCCUAUAUUGGCAUCAGUCCUGGGAAGAAAUUUAAUUCUGACUGAUAAAUAAAAUAAAAUUAAUCGUGUUGCAUUGAUUCCAGCCACUGUGGCUUGAGGCCAAGGCCAUCACUGUUAAUAUGUUCAGCUUCCAUUAGGUAAGGCAUGGCCUCCUCUGGUUUGUUCACAGAGCUGCUGUCAUCUGUUGGGUGUUAAUCAUGACAGCAUCAUGUGGAGAAUAUCUGUACAUGUGUGGUUUGAAAACAGAGAGGGUUUGUACAAAAACAGUCUCAGAAUGUCACAGGAUAAAUAAUUCUCUAGUUUUCCACUUUCCAUGGCCUUACUGUAAGAUAACGGCUCCAUCUACUGGCCGUCAUAAGUACUAACACGUUCAAAUCUUGGGUUGCAUUAAUGUUUAUCAUUUAACGUUCAACUAACAUCUAGCUGUUAUUUGUAUUUGUAACUUUACUUCAUAAAAUUUACUAUAGGCUCUUAUUUUUACACAUAAGGACCUUUAUAAAUCCCUAUAGAUGCAUUUGUAAGGCUUUAUAAAUGUACUCAUGAUGCAUUGUACGAAGUGGGCACAUAUAAAGUGCUGCAGAAAUUUCUUCUUGUUUUUCAAACUAUCCCUGUGCCUGGAAAGUUCCUCCCAUGUGGUUGUUUUGUAAUGAAUGUCUUUGUUUGAUUAGUUGUCUCAUAACUAACUAAACUUUACUUUAAUCUGCCCCCUUGCUUUAAUUUCACUCCAAAUUUAAGUCUCACCACAAGGACAAAAAAAUGGCAGGUAGUUGUUAUUGAUCACUGACAGCUGUUGGGUUAUAAAACCAUUUGGAUGGCAUACAACAUUAUCUGGCACUUAAUGUGCUUAAAACAUCGCAAUCCCCUCCCACAAAGGCCCAUCAGACAUUUUAAUGUUUCAGUUCAUUCAAGCUUUGGUCUGCCUUCGAUCAUAGUGCUGCACCUCUCCUGAGUGUACGUACAUCCUUCAGGAAGGCCGGCCUUAAUUUAACCAUCAGCUUGGCCUCCUAUCAUCCAACCCUGAGAAAUUAAAUCAAUGGCUGAAACCAGAGCAGCAGCCUCAUCUGCACAACAGAAAUAGAAAAUCUAGUUUUGCUGUUUGCUAAUGGCAUUAGUGUGUUCCCUACAUGGUUGCCAACCAUCGUUAAAGCAGGGAUGUAAUUACAGGAGAAACACUCACAUAUCCAUUUUCCUGUAAAACAUUUAGCCCGUAUUGAUCUACCCAACAGACACACACCCACACUCCCUUCUGGCAGAUAAUGAUUAAUUUCUCACCAACUCCCGUUACCCUUUGUAAUAAAGUCCUUCAAGGUGACUACAAGGAGUAUUACAAACCACAGGGUAUUGAAUGUAUGACAAAUGAAGUCAUAAAAGAGCUGUUUAAUUGAUAUGCAGGUCCAUCUUUAGUCUGUGCAGUCAGAGAGGAGAGGUUGUGUCAAGUACAGAUUAAAAAAAAAAAACACAACCUGCCAUGUUCAGUGUAUACGUGCAGUUUAGCAUGACUUUCAGUCAGAGGUUAAGGAAGAGACACCUGAAGCUGUUACCUUAGGUGCUUUUCAACCUAAAGCACUCAGACCUUCAAGUUUCAGGGACUUCUCUGUAAAGAACUGACGAUGCUUUAAAGACCCCUGCUCAGGGAGAAGUACUUUCAGGUGGCCAGGGACUUUUGGAGGCAGGGUCUGACAAUAUUCCUUAAAAAAAAGACAAAUUUACCAGAUACUGGCAGCACAGACACACAGAAAGAGAGGGAAGAGGGAUUCUGGACGAUAUCCUACAUAACCUAAUGUUCUCUAAUCAGUAAAAGUGGGUUUAUUCAUGAAUUUUGAUGCUGUCCAUGUACAUUUGUGGGUGUUUUACCACUUUGAGGGUUAUUCUUAUCAGAAAACAACCUUAUUUCCAAAUACUGUCCCUGGAUUUCAUUGACCUGAUUCGUACAAUUUACCCAGGUCUUCAGGCCUUAAUGACAAGUUCCUGGAGCUUACAAUUCUGGGUACUCAAAGAGCACCUUAAAUGGUUAAAGUACCUGAUAUUAAAGGUCACAGUCUUGGCAGUUGCCUGAGGCUUUACUCUUCACAUGUGUUACUUCAGUCUAAUUGAAUCUGUCUUAGCUGCCUGUAUAUAUAUAUAUAUGAAUAACAUUUGGAAAUAUUGUCUUUUUUUUCUGCAGGAACCACUGGGCUGUACUUCCCUCAGAAUGAAUAUAUUGAGACAGUGUAUGUUGGCCAGCCAGCAGGGACUCCUGUUCUUCAGGUCCACGCCAUGCUAGACAGCCUCUCUGAGCAGCCACACUUCUACCUGUGCUGGACCAGCUCUCUACGGCGACCGGUCUACAGCUCCUGGUUCAAUCUGGAUGUCAACACUGGAAUACUGUCCUUGAACAAAACCCUGGAGGAGGGCGACUUUGCCCUGUUAUGUGAGUUGAGUCCUUUUUGAAUAAACCUGCGAUUGAAGAGAGUGGUUCAGUUUCUUGACAUCUAUGUCCUUGGCGUGCCAACAAAGGUACUGCCUCUAGUCUAAUGAUGUAGCACCAGAAGUUUUGAUUUGUCUUUGUGUAUCUCAUCAGCACAAAAGUCAUGGUCUGUGCAGAAGUUAUUGCUUCAUGCCAUGGUGUUAAGGACCUUCACCAAGAAGUCCCAGUGCACCAGCAGGACUUCUCCUCGGAUCAUCCUGGACUUUGUCAACUCCACCAUGCCCCAUUGUGCUCAGACGGACAUGAAAGAGCUAUGUUUCCCACACAGAGACACCUCCAAUCCCCACAUCAUGGAGAACAGGUUCCCGGGGGCUCUGCGACAACUGAGACGUCUCACCAGACUGAGCGUCUGCCCGAACUACACCAUAUCUUAUGAUGUCGAAUCAGGUUUGACACAUUCAAGAGGUACUUUGAGGGAAUAAAAAUAAGAAUAAGAGUGAGAAGAACUUUAUUGAUCCCCGAAGGGAAAUUCAAUUGUCUGUAGUCUCAUUUGUCAUGCCUUAAAAAGUCAUCUACUAUUUAUAGAAAGUAAAAAUGUUAAACAAAAAGUUAAUACAUUCAGAAAAAAAGGUUGAACCCAUAAGCAGUUAAAUGGUCCAUGACAGUCUGGGUUUAGGUGCUAGUUUUUAUUGGUUUAGUGGACCAGUAGCUCAUGUAGUAACUAACUCAGUGUGAGUAUUGCUCUGCCUUUUAUUGUCACAGAGUCAGGAUAACACAUUGACUCAGAGGCCAAAUCUCAGACUCUCUCUCAUUGACAGACACCCCAGCUCCAUUUAUUGUGAACGAGAACACCACAGAGCUGGUUGUGACCACGUCAUUGGACCGAGAAGAGACUGAACGCUACAGACUCCUGCUGGUUUGCACAGUAAGGACAGAAACUGUCAUUACCAAGGUGGAAACAUCACUGGAUGUCUUUGUAAAUGAUGAGGACGAUAACUUACCAUAUGUGAACGGGUCAGACUCCACAGAUAUUGUUAUCAGCUUUAAUCGGACAAAGGUAAGAAAACAAAAGUGCACUUUUCUACAUUUUGGUCACACAUUUGGAUCUUCAUUACAACAGCAGUCUCUGAUCUAUUUUUCCCUAGGGGGGCUCGUUUGGCACUCUGUUUGUCUUUGACAGGGAUUUGACCCCCAUCUUUCCCAUAGACCAGAGUCACAACAAGUAUGUAGGGACUGUGCUCAAUAGUGAUCCAUGGAUAAAGGAGACAUUUCACAUAAAAGGGACCUUCAGUGAAAAAAAAGCUGCUCAUGGAGGCAUUCGAGAAACUGUUCACAAUUACCGUAAGUAGUUUUGGCACCACCUGGAUUCAUGUGUCUUCAUGAGCCGCGUUGUCUCAAUGUUUUUUUUUUAUGUUUUCUGGAUCAAGAGCUUGUCCUUAAGAGGAACCUGUUUGUGACUGAGAACCACACCCUACAGCUGGAGUACCUGGUCAAUGACACCACUUACCCUGGUCCAGAGGGAACGGUGUUGCUGCACUUCAAUGUCACCAUUUUACCGGUUCAGAUCCACUUCACCAACAUCACACAUAUGUUCACACUGACCCGCAAAGCUUCUGUUUAUGCUCAGGUAAACACACCACUGCCUACCUAAUCAUAUUUCAACCACAACCACAACCAGCUGCUGCAGGGAGUAUAGGCACUCUUUUGAAGUUAAAGUCAUUUAUGACGACACUUAUUCAAUCCAUGAUUGACAGAAAGGCUUUGGCAUUUGGACUUUGUGGGGAGACUUUGGGGAGACAUGGUAAGAACAUGUAUAUCUUUUAACUCCUAAGUUGCUUCAUUCUUUAAUUUCUGUAUUUAUCGCGGCUAUAAAUCUGGAAUUUCCCCUUGUGGGACGAAUAAAGGAAUAUCUUAUCGGAUAAGAUAAGAAAAAAUACUUACAGAUGAUUGAUCUGAUGGGCAGCAGGAAAAUCCCUUCAUGGAGUCCUGACACUGGUGGUGGUGGUGGUGGAUGACUACCUUUAUGUCCAGAUGGAUGAUGAACGGGAAAGAAUGUCUGUGUAGAUUCUCAUUCAUCCAGAUCAUGGUUACUCAAUUUGUUGUUGAAAGGGAGCGAGGACCUGCUGCUGCUAUAAUAAAACAGACAAGUAUGAUAUUCCAUUCAGUAUGAACUCAUUUGAAUAUGCUUCUGAGUAAUACACUCAAUUUCUCUAGAUAAACUACAUUUUACACAAUGUACCUUUAGAGAGCAGAGCAGUGAUAGGCUGACAAUGAGGGUGUGCUGCUGUGCUAAUAAAUGAGGCCAAGGAUGAUCCAGCUGAUUAACCAAUGACAGCCCCGACACUGCACACUGCACAUGAGUGCAGAGCUGUGUGAGAAGGUGCCAUCAAUUCAAGGGCUUUAACACUCUGCCGUUUCUUGAUGCAGAUACAGUAAAUCACUAGUUGGCAAUGAGUUAGGCAGUAUUGAAACAGCAGGUGGCAGUGUUGAGCCUGUUUUUAAUUUAACAGCUUUGAUGUGUUUUUUUAAUCUCAGUCAUAAGGCUUUAUCUUUAUCUUUAAAACUUUUAAGUGUGUUUUACAUAGGCCUUAAGCACGUUUGCAGCAGUCUUUAAAUGUUGUUUGUAUUGCACUGAAGUAGCUCGCUGUGAGUACACCAACAAAACAAAAACCAAUCUCUUGCUAACAUGUCCUCAGGUUGGGAAAGUCUGCGUGGAAAACUGCCAGCAGUUUGAUGGAUUCACUGUCACUUACCGACUCGAGGUGCCCGAUAAGAACAUGUCUGCUGGUGCUCAGGCCUGCUACUCAGCUGUGAGCAUCACUCAGGCCACAGACGAGAUGUGGGGACUGCUCUAUGUGAAUGACUCUGAGGCACUAGGCAGGCCUGAAUGCCAGGACCUGCAGUACCUGGUCAUAGCUCAGGAACAGCACACUCAGCUAGAGGCCAGCACACAGAUCCACAUCAUACUGGAAGGUGAAGGUGAGACAGUAACAGCUCAUUUCUGUUCUGCUUUCUCUGAACGCACUCAUCAAUUCCCAAAACACAGAGUAGUAAAGCAUGUUGCAGAAUUUUGCUAUCUCCUUAAUGUUUUCAUUGUGUUUUCUCUGCAAUGUUGCACUCAGCAAACAAGGCCAGUCCAAAGGAGCAGCAUUUCCUGUCUUGUGCAGAAAACAGACGUCGUGGAGACUGCGAAUCUGUGUGGGGUCUGGGGGCCACAACAGGGAGAUGCCAGUGGAGGCAGGGCAGUGAGAAAGGUACAUAAACUCAUAUCAGCUGUUUUUGUAAGUGAAUCAUGUAUAUUCUCUAAAUUGAUGGACCAGGGGAGGAUUUCAGUAGACCAUAACAUUCCACACACCCACCUUGAUGGCAGAAUGUGAACAAAGAACAGCCAGAGGCUACUGUGCGCAUCAUCGAUUGACAACAAGGACAUAAACCAGACAAGAAAACGAGAGUUUAAAUCAACAACCAGCCCUUCCAGCUUUUUCUUUGUUAAAUAACCUCAGCUUGAAUUAUGAACAUUGGAAGCCUCCAUCUAAGAAGUGAAAAGAAAACAUCACUUAAAGUAAAGAAAGAGAAAACUUUUGGAUUCAAGCCGACACUGCAUUAUCACUUAGUUACUCUGAUAAGUUAAAACAAGUCUGGCCUUAUCAGUUUAACAUAAUCGAUCUACUUGGUCCUAAUCGGGUAAAAUCUUUCUUUUUGGACAGUCUUUCCAAACAUACAUUUUGUAAAUUACUCUUAUCCAUCAUCACUUGUGGGUGGGUCAGAUUUCAGCCUUUUCCUGACAGCUUUUUUGCUUGCAAUCAGAGGAACAUGCACCAGUUUCUCAUCAUUCACAUUUCACCUAUCAAUUCAAAUAUCAACCAUAUCUACUGUGCUGCAUACAAACGGGAUGUUCACUCCAAAUAUGUCACUAACAUUUAUUUCCUGCUCAUAAGGCACAAUUACUAGACAACUCUAGGAAACAUGAGAGUAGUUGGUGUGAUUUAGCCUCUUGCAGCUGUGUUUAAAUUCUCGCCAUGAGGUCCAUUUUUAAAGAACUUUUUUAAGACAAAGAUUGUCACACUAAACUAAAAAAAACUAAAUUGCAAGUUUGAAUGUUGUCAGGUAAUUUUUUCCUCUUUGUUUUUUCUGUCAUUUUUGGUUAAAAAGGUAUAUCGGAAAACUACUCAACCUGCUCUCCUGACCUGCAGACGUGUCCAGAUGGAUUUUGUGAUGCAGUUGAAAGCAAAGACUCAUCGAUAUGUCCUCAAGAUUGUACAAGUAAGGGAAAACAUUCCCUGCUUUUUAAUAUAUCUGUAGUUCUGAUUGAUCAAAUGGUGUGAAAUCCAUAUUUUCUCUCGUUUGUAAAUAAGACUACUUUGAAUUUUGCAUUUAUUUGUCUCAUACUCUACUUGUUCCCCAAGAGGAAACUGUAAUCGGGGGCCACGAACGAGGCUUGAGGAACGGCAUCCAGGCUGGUUAUGGCACCUGUUACUGUUACUCUGAGAGAUGCUUCUGUGAGAAGGAAGAUGUCGAGGGUGAGUGCUGCGUUUGUACAUCACUGUCAGUUAAAAAGGAGAUAUUGCCUCCAAGAGGUCUUACUGCAGGACUUCUCCAGAAUGAAACAGAAAUGGGUUUCUGCUGUCUUGACAGUUGUGAAUCACCUUUUCUUCCAGAGACAUUAUGUGAUGACAUGUGUAAAACCAUCAUUGCUACGGCACUGCUCCUCUCCUUCAUCGUCUCAAUCCUCAUGUCCUCAUACUUCAUCCAUCGCUACCACAAGAACUCCUCUAAGCCCCCUAUUGCCUCUGCUGAAAUGACUUUCCGCCGGCCAGCCCAGGCUUACCCCAUCAGCUUUCCUGCAAACAACAUCAGACGGGGCUCGCAGGAAUCCAUAGAAACAGACACCUUCAAAAUACCUGUAAGUUACUUCCUACAGGUUGUGAAGGACUUGAAUGAGGCAAGUAUGUUUUCAAGAAGUCAAAAAUGCUCGUGUGUUUUCAUAGGAGGAUCCGAAGUGGGAGUUUCCUCGUAAAAACCUUGUACUUGGCAAGACUUUGGGCGAAGGGGAAUUUGGAAAAGUUGUCAAAGCAACAGCAUUCAGGCUGAAAGGAAAAGCUGGUUACACCACUGUGGCUGUCAAAAUGCUUAAAGGUAAGACAAGCCAGACUCAGACCAGAAAGACUGAACUGUCUUUGACAGAGGUGACUCAAAUAAGCGAUGUGUGCUCUGUCUCUGUAAUAGAAAAUGCCUCCAACAGUGAGCUGCGAGACCUGCUGUCAGAAUUUACAUUGCUGAAGCAAGUCAACCAUCCCCAUGUCAUAAAGAUGUUUGGAGCAUGCAGCCAAGAUGGUAAGACCUCAUUGAACCUGCCUGACUUCAGCAGGUCAUGUGUGUCACAAACUGAGUCUAAAAGCUUUCUCUGAAUAGGUCCAUUGUAUCUGAUUGUGGAGUAUGCCAAGUAUGGGUCACUCCGCAACUUCCUGCGGGAGAGUCGGAAAGUUGGCCCAAGUUACAUGGGCAGAGACGCCAACCGAAACUCAAGCUACCUGGAGAACCCAGAUGACAGGGCGCUGACCAUGGGUGACCUGAUCUCCUUUGCAUGGCAGAUCUCCAGGGGCAUGCAAUACCUGGCUGAAAUGAAGGUAUUUCCCUAACAAGGAUUGCCUUAACUUUUUGACGUAAAAGUAUCUAGUGUUCUGGUUUCUGAUAUUGUGCUGUGGAAAAAGUGAGACUAACAGUAUUGGAGUAACAGAGGUGCGUCUAAUAAUAGGUCAGUGAAUUUGGAAAAGGAGAGGGGCCUGAUAACUGAAGGGUCGACCUCCCAUACCGCUUUUAGAGACUUCAUGUCCCACGAGCAGGCCUGUAUCCUGUUGAAUAUGAUGGUGCCGUACUAUUCAGAGCUUUUUAGAUGGGUUUGUUCUUUUACAGCCUUUUUCAGAGGGAAUCUGGGCUAAACAGCAUUGUGUUUAUGUAUAAUACUGAAUUUCCCUUCGGGGAAAAACCAACGUUAUACAUUUCUUCUUCUUCUUCUUCUUCUUCUUGAAAUAUAGUCUAUUGCUCUAAGACUGCCUCUGAGGUGUCUAUGAUAAAAAGUAUUCAACAUAAUUUAUACUUUAAAAUGCACCUAUCAUUGUUAAAUUACAAUCAUGUAUUUUGGCAGCCAUUGUUUUUACCAUAAGCAAAAUGAGAAUCUUGGUCUGACAGCUUGUCCACAGGGACCUUGCAGCACGAAAUGUCCUCGUAGCUGAGGGACGGAAGAUGAAGAUCUCAGACUUCGGCCUUUCGAGAGAUGUGUAUGAGGAAGACUCAUAUGUCAAGAGAAGCAAGGUAUAAAGACAGAAGAGCACCAUUUCUUCACAAACCACAACCUCACUGACGAAAUUAACAUGUUUUUUUUUUCUGCUUUCCAGGGCCGUAUACCUGUGAAGUGGAUGGCAAUAGAGUCUUUGUUUGAUCACAUCUACACAACACAAAGUGACGUGUAAGUUCAAAAAGCAAUUACAUUCAAAACAUUGUUUUUUAACACAGACUUAGGUAUAUAAAAUAACCUAAAACUACAUUUAAUAAAUACACAGCAUCUGAAAUGAACAAACCAAAAAUACUUACAAUGAUAUUAGAAUAAAUCAAGUGAGAGCUAACAGCAUGUCAAUAAAUUGGCGAUAAAAGUUGAGUUUGACAGUUGAGUGUGGUGAACACUUUAUAUGAACCCACCUCUCAUAAUGUAUUAUUAGUACGCUUAUAAAGCCUAACAAAUGCAAUUAUUAUUUCUCACAGCUUAUAGUGAUGUUUAUGAAGUGUUAGUAGCAGUGAGCAUAACACCUCUUGUGGUGUGGUCUGGUGUGCCUUGGUGCAUUUGGUAAGAAAAUGAUAAUUAUUCAAAUGUUUUAUUGUUGUCAAGUAUUAUUGUCUGACUCUUCACUGACAGUUCUUGUAAAUGUGUUAUAGGAUCAUGUAAUCGCCAAUAACUUCAUACAGAGCUGUCACUUUACUUGAAGAGCUCUCAGUCGUGGUUAAAAAUGUUAAUUAGACAUUUUCCACAACAGAAGUUAUAACUUUUUUUAAUAAUACAUAGACAGAUGUCUUUAUUUAUUGAAUGAAUCAUUUAUUUUACCAGGGCAAAUACACAAGACAUUGCUUCAUAGUGUAAACAAAGUAGAUGUCAUGCACCAUGACUAAUCUGCAGCACCUGUUCUUGGUUAGGCUUCUAACAAUCAAAUCAGAAAUUACAGAGAACUGAGUGUAAAAUACUAUAACCAUUAAAAAUAAACAAUGAGAUCAGUAUUCACAACAAAAUGAAGGAUUUCAACCAAGAUGGGGGCCAACAAGAAUAGAGACUAAACACAAUUUAACAAUGACCACAUUUUAAAGUCCACCUAAAGUUUACAUGUGCUGUAUAUGUUUGUAUUUGAUCUAUGAAUUUUAACUGUACUGUUCCUGAUCACAAACUUGCCAUGUCUUUAUAUGUGGAUUAAAAUCUCCAGUUAUGUAAUUUGGCUCUAUUUUCGUGCCUCGCCACGGCGUAAGUCAGGUCCGCCGCGCCGACAAGGCGUUCUCAAGCACAAUUUGGUAUUUUGGUGAGCGGCGCAGCCUGGCGUAAGUAUCCCCCCUCCCUAACUCAGUUCCUCCCAGCGGCGUAAGUCGUAGGGAGGGAGGAGAGAGGGUGUGGAGUGGGUUUAACACAGCCGAGACCUGUAUUGACCAAUAACAUCAGCUCCUCUCCUCACCUUUAAAUCCGCCACCGGCGAGGGGUAUUACUAUUUUCGUGAAGUAGUCAAAGAGAUCAAGAGAUGUCUGAAAACAGUAAUGCUACACAAUGGCGACAGAAGACAGCCCCUCAACAAAUGUCACUGUAAGCGCUGCAGAGGGCGUCCUUCGCACUCUCUCAUAUGAGCACAGAUGGAUUUGGUGUGUGUAAGGUUGGACCCACUGGUAAGACAAACACCCUUUUCCACAAAUAAAGACACUCACAUAAAGUUGCAUAUAUUCAAACCUCAUGUGACAAAGGUGGGUUGUGCGCACAGAUCACAACAUAAACUCCAAAAAUGGCAUUAAAAUCUGAACCAUCUGUGCGUAAAUGACGCAUCGCGCUCCGUGGCCUGGCUCUUUCUUUCAUAGAUGUUGGCAUAUAAAAUAAAUUUGGCUCACAAAAUUGAAUAUUAUAAUAUUUGUAUGUAGGCUUAAAAUAAAUAACUCAUCUGAUCACUGAAACAAAUCAUCUGUUCAGCGGCCGCAGCAGCAGCUGCAGCAGGACAGGGAGAAGAUAUGGAGACAUGUCCAGGUCGAGCUGCGUGAGAAAUAAGAUGAAGAGGAAGAAAGAAAAGGAGGGAGACGAAUUACAUAUCUAGUUAACUUCAUCAUGUGUGUCUAUUUACUAGAUAUUUAAUUUAAUUCAAUGCGGUUUCAACUGUGUUGAUUCGGUCAGGUUGAGUGUCCAAACGCGUGCCAAACGCACUCAUCAGAUCAGAUAUAGAUCUAAAUGUAUGUGCUGACUCAGAUUAUUAGUUGUUGUUGAUUAUUUAUUGCACUGAAAUGUGCCUGACACUGUGGAAACCUGCCGGUGAGGCAUUGGUGAUGUAUGCCGAUACGCAGCCGGUCUACCAAAAAACCACUUGACCAGCUGCGCUUCGCCUGCGCUAAAAGCUGACCAGGUUUGAAUCUGCGAGCUUUCAGCACACUUUAUACGCCACCGGCGAGCACAAAAAUGUCACUGCGGCAGCCUAUUCUGUGUCUGCCACGCCACAACGCCCAGCUUGGUGGACCUUGGUGCGCCUCAGUUCACGAAAAUACCAAAUUGACUGUAUGCGGGGCUCCGCCACCUCACCGGCGGACACGAAAAUAGCGCCCAUAGUUUUAUUCCUCUUACUGAGACAGAUGAUUUACCGAAUGUUGUUUUUCACUUUGCUACCAAGCAGUUUCCACUUACUGCACCUCUACUUCUGAUUUCACUGCUUCACUGAAUAUUUUUGGUGCAAUGUAAAUGCAUCACCUCCUCUUCUUCCUUCUUAUCAAACUUGACCCUGAAAUCUUGCGUAACGGGUUCUCUUUAUUGAAAAGCAUACUGAGACCCUUUUGUUAUAGUCUGAAGUCAGUGGAUUAUGUUGGAUCCAUUGAGACACUCCAGACAUUUCUCUUAAGAGUAUCUUAGCUGUUUUACAGACCUAUAGAUUAGUGUGCCAUCUUCAUACAUUUGGCAAUUAAGCCAGUGAAGUGAGAGAAGGAAGGGAGCUUUUCUUUUGUUAUAAAAGUAUCCAAGCCUAAUAAAUCCUUGGGUUUUGAUUGCCUCAGCUUCAUACUGGCUUUGUGAAUCUCACUUUGGUCUUUCUCUUUUAUAGAAUAGGGUGUUAACCAGUCUCCCAGUAUUUUUUAAUUGAGAAUUUGCGGCCAAUUCCUAAGCCGACUGCAUAAAAAAUAUUAUCAGUCAUUUUCUAUCUCACUCCUUUAUAACUCAUUUUUCUUAUUUUUAAUUCUGUAACUGAAUUUUGCAAAAUACGAAAUAACAGCUUAGGAGAGUAUAAAGCCUUAUAGAUGUUUUUAUAGGCUUUAUUAAAUGAGCGUAUGAUGCACGAUAAGAGGUGGUUUCAUAUGAAGUGUUACAGGUUAAUGUUCAGAAAAUGGUAGAGAGAGAGUGGAAGAAAUCAGAUUAAUAAAGUUUAACUUAAAAAGUGUAACUCUUUUUGUUGUUGUUUUAAUCUAGUUGGUCUUUUGGCGUGCUGUUGUGGGAGAUAGUGACCCUGGGAGGAAAUCCAUACCCAGGUAUUGCUCCUGAGCGCCUUUUUAACUUGCUGAAGACUGGAUACAGGAUGGAGAGACCUGAAAACUGCUCUGAGGAGAUGUAAGUUCUACUUUUUUCCAUUAAUCUCCUUGUUUUUACCUGAAGUCAGCCAUUGUUCUAUAAGAACGGGAUAAAAUGAUACUUAAACCCACUUUUAUAACCAUUUUUGUAGGUAUGGUCUCAUGUUACGAUGCUGGAAACAAGAAGCUGACAAGAGGCCCACAUUCUCAGACAUCAGCAAAGAACUGGAAAAGAUGAUGGUGAAAAGCCGAGUAUGGUGAUAUGCAAUACAUUACAAGAUAUGAAACUGACCUCUUUCUCUGUGCAUGACUGUUAAACAUCAUGCUGCACCUUUUGCUGUACUUUUGGUCCAAAAUGAGCAAUUUGUAUUUUUUUUUGGACAAAAUUAGGACAUAGAAUCAAAAAACAGACAUUAGUUCCCUAUAGUUUCAAAUGUGCCACUCUUCCAGAAUGAGAAGUUUCUGGAUAGCAAUCCUGUAAUGUGACUGUGUGAGCAGUGUAAUCAGAAAGCACACUGACUGGGCCCCUGUGGUUAAAAUGAGGCACAGGACAUGAGUAAGCAGAAAUUGAAGAAUGAAGCAGGUUUGCCCCGAAAGACAGGCAGUGGAUAAUUCCCAUAAAGUAAUGAGUAGAUGGUGUAGGCACUCAAUUCUGCAGAGUCUUUUCAGAAACCUCCCUACAUGCUUUCUGGCAUUUUUCCUCUGCUUUGAUCGUUGUGGCUCACUCUCUCAGUUAUCAGCUUAAUCACACCCUGAUCUGCUUCUGUCAGGAUUACCUGGACCUGGCAGCAUCCACACCAGCAGAUGCCUUGCUCUACGAUGACGCCCUCUCCGAAGAAGACACACCACUUGUGGACUGUAAUAACGCCCCUCUCCCUCGAACCCUUCCUUCCACAUGGAUUGAAAACAAGCUCUAUGGUAGAAUCUCCCACGCAUUUACCAGAUUUUAGACACACUAAAGUAAAGCUCUGUUUUUUGGCAGUUUGUCUUUGGCUUUUCCAAAGUCACAUCUCUGUGACUUUGACUCUUGGCUGACAUAUCUCCCAUUUCCAUUGUAAAUGAGAGGUUUAAUGAAAAAAGAUUGUGCUGACCUUCGUCUUUUGUCUGGACCUGCUUCUAAUGUACAUGAGUACAGUCUAGAACUCUACAUUGUAAAUUAUGAAUACAACCUUCAUUUUGAUUUACGUGGCACUGCUUAAACUCAUAUUUUAUGUACAUUUUAUUUUAAGAUGGUAACUUUUAACUCAUCACAUUUCCAUUGUUAUCAUUUCCAUAUUUGUUUUAAUGGGAGGGGUGUAACAUUUGAAACAGGUCCACGCUUAAUCAAUUGCUCUCUGGGGUUUUUUAAUUUCAGACUGUCUUAAAUGUCCUGACUUUCUAAUAUGUAUAUUAGCAAUUAAUCAUAAUGAUUUAACAUUGCUGAACAGAGAAACAGUAAAGCUCUUGAAUGCAACUCUCUGGUGAGAUUUCUCUAAAGUUAAGAACAUAUUGGAGUUUUUAAACAUUGUCAACUAGCAUUUUUGAAAAGUUACAGAACCACAGUUAAAGUUCAGGUACUCAUGAGCCUAAGUAUAGCCUUGAACUCCAAAUAAUGAUAAAACUGAUCAAAGCUCCGACUUCAUACUGUCUUAUUUCAGAGAAAGAUGCCACAGAGUUUAAAUUGGGAGCCUUACUGUACACUGUUUAUCUUUCCUUGAGUUCAGAAAAAUGAUGUGUUCUCGUUUUUAGGCAUGUCAUACCCGAACUGGCCAGAGAAGAGCCCGGUACCACUCAACAGACAUGAUGCCACUAAUCCAGUCUUUACAAGAUAUGCCAAUGAUAGUGUUUAUGCAAACUGGAUGGCUUUGCCCUCACCUGCAAAAGCUGUGGACAAGCUUGAUAGCUAGACACAAACCAACCCUGUUCAAAAGUUGACCGUAUAUUUUCAUGUACAGUCAACUGAUGUGAAUAUUUCUAAAAGACUGUAUAUAUGUUAUCUGAUACUAAAGUUGGUUCCCUUCUAUUUCAUUUGCACGGGUGUUCAACAGUUAAAUGGGGUCAUUUAAGUGCAAAAGCAGCUGGAUUAAUAUAGGCCAUGCUUCAUUCAGCUCUUUAGUAUCACUUAUUACCUCAUAGGUCAUGUUGGCCGAGUAAUAACACUGCAUGACUGUUGUACCAGAUUGUAUGCCAGUGUUAAUGUCUUUAAAGUGCCUGUGCUGCUUCUACAAUAGUCUCACUAUGAAUGUGCCACUGCAAAGAUCUUGCUACAGCCCAAGAAUUGAGGGGGACAUAUUUACCAUCACCUGUUGUAGACAGCAGGGAUUGAGUGGACUAAAUCCAAAUGUUGAACAUGUUCUGAAACUAUUCAGUUCCUUCUUAAAAAGAUUGAACCAUUGGAAACAUCAGAGCUUUCUGUGUAUCUCCCACAAGAUAAAUCAAACUGUUCUUGCCAAAGAAAUGACAUGUUCAGUGAACAGCUAUUGUUUUCUGUGUUUUUCUUUUGUACAUGAAAAUAUCAAGUCAGGAGUGCUACUCCUGUGUAACGACAUGAGGCGUGAUGUAGAUUGUGACCUUGUCUUGUGUCGGACUACUGUACAAUUUUUCACUGUAUUGGCAAUCUUUAUGGAAAAAAAUGAUGUGAAAUCAUGAGUGUUAUCACUAUUCUGUUGUUAUUAUUUGAUUAUGUUCCAAAUAAAAGAUUAACCUCA